UCCGGUAUAAAACGAGAAUUAUCAAAUCAAAACGUCAUAUCCGGUUGUUGCUAGCCAACGAGACGACUCCAUUUUUGUUUUGUAAAAGUGCAACAACAGAUAAACAAUUGUCUUACUUUAAAUUGAAAAGGCUGUAAAUAUGCCAGCAAAAAAGAAGAAGAGUGGUAAGAAGGGGAAAAAGGGGAAGAAGUCAGGGAAGGCAAAGACCCCCACUGUCAUUGAUGGCAUCUCUACAGAAGAAAUGUCAAAAGAGCAGUUGGAGGAACAUAUUGUACGUCUCCGUGAAGAGCUAGAUCGUGAGAGAGAAGAGCGAAACUACUUCCAGCUUGAACGUGACAAGGUUAACACAUUCUGGGAGAUCACAAAACGCCAGCUAGAGGAAAAGAAGGCAGAGUUGAGAAACAAAGAUAGAGAAAUGGAAGAUGCAGAAGAAAGACAUCAAAUUGAAAUCAAGGUCUAUAAACAAAAAGUGAAGCACUUGUUAUAUGAGCACCAGAAUAACAUAUCAGAACUGAAGGCGGAAGGAGCUGUUGCGAUAAACUUGGCUCAGGAUGAUCACCGAGGGGAGGAGAUGGAAUUACGUAAAGACAAGCGUGCCCUCAAGGUCUCCCUCAAGGAACAAGAACUCUCACAUGAAGAAAUCAUCAAAAAUCUUAAGAGGAAACAUGACGAAACAAUCACAGAACUUCGGUCUGACUUUGAGAGACAAGCUCGUGAGAUUGAAGCCAAAUAUGAGAAGAAGAUGCGAACUCUCCGCGAUGAAUUGGAUCUCCGUAGAAAAACUGAAAUUCACGAAAUUGAGGAGAGGAAAAAUGGACAAAUCAAUUCAUUGAUGAAAAAUCAUGAAAAAGCUUUCAGUGACAUUAAGAAUUAUUAUAAUGACAUUACUCUAAAUAACCUUGCUCUUAUCAAUACAUUAAAGGAACAAGUAGAGGAGAUGAAGAAGAAGGAAGAACGUAUGGAGAAACAAAUGGCUGAAAUCUCGGCCAAAAAUAAAAUGCUGGCUGAACCACUACAGAAAGCCCAGGAGGAGGUGGAAGAACUAAAGAAAGAAUUAUCCAACUAUGAGAAAGACAAAGAGACACUCAGGAUGACAAAGGCAAGGUUGAGGCUGUCUGAGGAAGAUAACAAAUCUCUUAAAUGGGAACAUGAGGUGCUUGAACAGAGAUUUGAAAAGACACAAGAUGAGAGAGAUGAAUUGUACAGAAAGUUUGUUAAAGCCAUUCACGAGGUUCAACAAAAGAGCAAUUUCAAGAACUUAUUAUUGGAGAAGAAACUCGGAGCUCUCGCCGACACUCUCGAGAAGAAGGAGGCACAGUUGAACGAAGUUUUGUCUGCUUCCAAUCUUGAUCCUACCGCCUUAACAGUUGUCACACGCAAACUUGAGGAUGUACUUGAUUCUAAGAACAGUGCUAUCAAGGAUCUGCAGUAUGAAUUAGCUAGAGUUUGUAAGGCUCACAAUGAUUUAUUGCGAACAUAUGAAGCCAAGUUGAACCAGUUUGGUAUACCUACAGAAGAACUUGGGUUCAAGCCUCUAGAGAGCACUGUUGGUGGUCAGACACUAGGCCAGGGUCCAGCAGGCCUCGUUUCCGCACCAUCGUGAACAUCUUAGAACAUUCUUUUCAAAUUUUAUUCCUUCAAAUUUUUAUUUUUGUAAAAGAAUCAAAGUGUAAAAAUUAUGAACAUUUAAUUAUCAAUACUAAGUUUAUAUUCAAAAAUUCCAUUUUUUUCUUCAGAAAAGUGGAGAAAUAGUAACUCUUUUAUUGAAAUAAUGGUUCUUUGUUGUUUAAAAUUAUCAAAUAAAUAAUAAACUUUAUCUAUAUUUUAUUUUCACGACUUUUUUUAACUCAUUUAAAAUGUUAGAAAUGUAUAUUGUAUUAUUUAUUUUGUCUGUGAUACACUUUAUAUGUUGGCUUUUUUAUGCCAUUUUAAAUUUAUUACAAGAAGGUAAAUUUGUGUGAAAGAUGCUGAUAUGGAUGACAAAUACAAUUAUGUUCAAAUAUUUUAUAUAUAAAAAAAAGAAUUGAAGUCAUUCUGAUCAUGAUUUGUAAUAAAAGAUCUUUAACUUAA